AUAUUUUACUAAUAAGCACCCAAAACAAUCUAAUUUUUGUUCUUCCACACCGCCAGUCCUCCAUAUCCAUAGAAAGUAGAGGACGGGCAAAAGAGAUAUAUAAAUAGUAAGCCAAUAGAAGCUUCAAAGGAGCGUACUGGGUUGUGACUAGUAACAAGGAAGAGGAAAGGAAUUUUCUCUCACUUUCAAAAGUCACACCGCCAAUACAAAUCCAAAACCACUUGUUAAAGUUUCUUCCUUUUCCUUUCUGUGUGUUACUCUGUAAAUGACGCGUUUCAAUGGCGGCUACAUAAUAUUUAUCCUAUCUUUCUUCUGAUUUCCGCUUCCUCAUUACUCUAUCGAUCACAAAUAUACAGACCCCAUGUUCUAUUUUUGCUUCUCGCUCUUCUUCUUCUUCUUCUUCACCUUCUCUCUAUUCGUUUUCUCUUUCUCUGUCUUCAAAAGGCUGAAGACAAUACAACAGCAAACCCAGGAUACCCAGCUGACCCAGAAGCCGGAACAGAGUGAGAGUGACCCUUUGGGAUUGGAAAAUUCUGUAUCUGAAACUUUGGAGGAUAGGAAUCACCAAGCUUUCGAAAAUGACCCGACCCAUUUGACCCGUUCGGCACGUUCUCUCCUCCUUGAGAUCUUACCUUCUGAUUCUCCUAAAUGGGAGAGCUUGUUUGAGAACGAUGGAGGUGGUGGGGACCCAAGCUCUGAUGGGUCGGCGCUGCUGGAUGGAGAAUCAAGCGAGUCGGGCGGGGAUCAGAGAGUGAAGAAGAAGAAGAAGAAAAGGACCAAGAAGAAGAGUUCGAUUUCUAAAGAUGAUGAAAAUGGUGAACAGAAGUUUGCUGCGGCGGGUAGGGGUAAUAAGGGUCCGGAUUCUGGGGAUAAAGAACAGGAUUUGGUAUGUUUGUACCCGUUUACAUCAUCGAGCAGUGCUACUCAGAGGAAGAUCAAGCAGCAAUAUGAUCAGUUGAUGAAGUGCCACGAGUCCAAGGGAUUGACACUGGCUCAGGUUGGACAGUUUGCUAAUUGCUUGGUGGAGGCAAGAAAUGAGUUGCAGCAUAAGGCUGAUGUCAUCCAACGGAAAUUCACAAUAACGAAGGCUUUACUAUUUAAGGCUGACAGAUCCUCUUUUGACCGCCUUCGUCAACAGAUAUACAAACUAGAAUUGGAACAAAAGAGACUGGAAGAGGAUGCAUUUGUUUAUAAUUGGCUACAACAGCAGCUUAAACUUUCACCAGCAUAUAAGAAGAUGCUCGAAAUUGGUGCCCACAUGGAGAUGAAAGCCAAAUCUGGAGAGUUGACAGAAAGUGAAAGUACAGAUUCAGACUUUUCAGAUAUUUCUUUUGAAGAGUUACUGGCACAGGAGAAGAAGGAUUCAUUUUGGCAGAGGAAUAAAAAUUUCAAAUCGUGCUCAAGCUAAUAACAGUGACUUAUUUCUAACUGUGCUCUUGGUUGGAACUUUAAUGUGCUCCCAAGACCUCUACAUGCUUGCAGUAUCAAAUUAUGCGUUAAAAAGUGUCACAGCGUGGUGCUAUGUGUUGGGAUCGGAGAUUUUUUGCGUGUAGGACUGAGCCAUGGGUGUUUAAGUGAUUAACUUGACUGUGCAGAAAAGCUACUUGAGAGAUGUUACAUUUUUGAACCUUUGAGCGUUGCUUACAUACAAUAUUUGUAGCUAUACAUUACUGUCGACAUAAUUUAAGAAAUGUCCAGCUCUAGCUUAGACGAAAACCAAGUUUUCUUUUUCCCUUUUGUUUUUCCUUCAAGCUCUAAAUGAUUGGGGAAGAAACCAAGAUGGAAAGUGUAAGAUGAUUUUCCUAGUAAUCAUGAGUGUGGAAUAUGUUAAUGUUGUGGA